GCUUUUUUUGUGGAUAGCGGGGCAGGUUGAUGGAUAACUGUCUAAAUUUCUGUCUACAUUUUUACACAGGGUGCCACAGAGUCUCAGAUGCCAAAGAAAUAACACAGUACCUUCAGGAAGUGGGUCACCAUGAACAGAAGCAGCGAGAUUUAAAAACCACGAAAAUAACACCAAAGCAGGCCACCUUAAGGGUCUUCCAGAAGACCAUGUUCCACCGGUUGUUUCACCGCAAGCAGAAGCACGAGCGCCUGGAAGAGGAGCCCGAUGUGAAAUUCAGAGGGAAGCUCAUUUCGGAGACCCAACUUGAAUGCACAUAUGUGCGGCCCGGAGGCUCCAACUACUCGAGCCCCUCCCUCGCGGCCCCGCCCAGCCUAAACGACCGCGACCAUGCGGUGGUGGGACUGGCCCCGGAGCACAUCGCCACGCCUGGAGCGGCGCUCUCCUGGCAGGCGGCCAUUGACGCCGCGCGGCAGGCCAAGCUGAUGGGCAAUGCGGCCGCCCCCAUCUCCACGGCCAGCUCCACCCAGCGCAAGCGGCAGCACUACAGCAAACCCAAGAAGCAGGCCAGCACGGCCGUCACCCGGCCCCCACGCGCCCUGCUCUGCCUCACCCUCAAGAACCCCAUCCGACGAGCCUGCAUCAGCAUCGUGGAGUGGAAACCCUUUGAAAUCAUCAUUUUGCUGACUAUUUUUGCAAACUGCGUGGCCUUAGCUAUCUACAUCCCCUUCCCCGAAGAUGACUCCAACGCCACAAACUCCAACCUGGAACGGGUUGAGUAUCUCUUCCUCAUCAUCUUCACCGUGGAAGCGUUUCUGAAGGUCAUAGCCUACGGGCUGCUCUUCCACCCGAAUGCGUAUCUGCGUAACGGAUGGAACCUUCUGGAUUUCAUCAUCGUAGUCGUAGGGCUUUUUAGUGCCAUUUUGGAACAAGCCACCAAAGAGGCGGGGGGCACGCCCAUCGGUGGGAAGGCGGCGGGCUUCGACGUGAAGGCGCUGCGGGCAUUCCGGGUGCUCCGGCCCCUGAGACUUGUGUCCGGCGUGCCCAGCCUCCAGGUGGUGCUCAACUCCAUCAUCAAAGCCAUGGUUCCCCUACUGCACAUUGCCCUCCUUGUCCUCUUCGUCAUCAUCAUCUAUGCCAUCAUCGGCCUGGAGCUGUUUAUGGGCAAGAUGCAUCGCACCUGCUUCCACCACCGGGACGGGAAGCUGGGUCAUCUGUUGGAGGAGAGACCCGAACCAUGCGCCCCCCAGCACGCCAACGGGAGGCACUGCAACCCCCAGAACACCACAAAGUGCGAGUCGGGCUGGGAUGGACCCAACAACGGCAUCACCAACUUUGACAACUUUGCCUUUGCGAUGCUGACUGUCUUUCAGUGCAUCACCAUGGAGGGCUGGACUGACGUGCUGUACUGGAUGCAGGACGCUAUGGGCUAUGAGCUUCCCUGGGUGUAUUUUGUCAGUCUGGUCAUCUUCGGAUCCUUUUUCGUACUAAAUCUGGUUCUGGGGGUGUUGAGCGGCGAGUUCUCCAAGGAGCGAGAGAAGGCCAAGGCUCGGGGCGACUUCCAGAAGCUGAGAGAGAAACAGCAGCUGGAGGAGGACCUGAAGGGCUACCUGGACUGGAUCACCCAGGCUGAAGACAUCGACCCUGAGAAUGAAGAAGAGGGGCUGGAUGAGGACAAGCCCAGGAACCGAGUCACCUUGGCCGACUUGCUUGACAAGAAGAGGGGGAAGUUUGCUUGGUUUAGUCACUCCAGUGAGACCCAUGGUAAACACCCACGUCAUGUGUGUCUGUGUGCUGCUGUGUCGGCGGGGCCUGAUGCAGACCCCUUCUGUCGCUUUGUUGACUUCCAGUGGGCCGUCCUGUGUCUUCUAAAUAGGAUCUCCAAAUCCAAGUUCAGCCGGUAUUCGCGGCGUUGGAACCGCCUGUGCCGGAGAAAGAGCCGAGCGGCGGUGAAGUCCAACGUCUUCUACUGGCUGGUGAUCUUUCUGGUCUUCCUCAACACGCUGACCAUUGCCUCGGAGCACCACAAGCAGCCCCAGUGGCUCACGGAUGUGCAAGACAUCGCCAACAAGGUGCUGCUGGCUCUGUUCACGGGCGAGAUGCUGCUGAAGAUGUACAGCCUGGGCCUGCAGGCCUACUUCGUGUCCCUCUUCAACCGCUUCGACAGCUUCGUGGUGUGCGGUGGCAUCCUGGAGACCAUCUUGGUGGAGACGAAGAUCAUGUCCCCGCUGGGCAUUUCAGUCCUGCGCUGUGUGCGCCUCCUGCGCAUCUUCAAGAUCACCAGGUACUGGAAUUCCUUGAGCAACCUGGUAGCCUCGCUGCUCAACUCAGUGCGGUCCAUCGCCUCCCUCCUGCUUCUGCUCUUCCUCUUCAUCAUCAUCUUCUCUCUGCUGGGCAUGCAGCUGUUCGGGGGGAAGUUCAACUUUGACGAGACCCGCCGCAGCACCUUCGAUAACUUCCCCCAGUCACUGCUCACUGUGUUUCAGAUCCUGACAGGCGAGGAUUGGAACUCAGUGAUGUAUGAUGGAAUUAUGGCAUAUGGGGGCCCAUCCUUCCCAGGAAUGCUGGUCUGCAUCUACUUCAUCAUCCUCUUCAUCUGUGGAAACUAUAUCCUGCUGAAUGUCUUCUUGGCCAUUGCUGUGGACAAUCUUGCAGAUGCUGAGAGCUUGACGUCAGCCCAGAAGGAGGAAGAGGAGGAGAAGGAAAGGAAAAAGCUGGCCAGAACUGCCAGCCCAGAAAAGCGGCCAGAAAAUGAAAAGCAACCGAUUGAGGAAGAGCAUAAGGAGGAGAAGAUUGAGCUGAAAUCCAUCACUUCAGAUGGAGAGACACCCACGGCCACCAAGAUCAUCAUAGAUGAAUACCAAGGUGAUGAGAACGAAGAGAAGAACCCAUAUCCUGCUAACGAUUUUCCAGGUGAUGAAGAUGAUGAGGAGCCAGAGAUGCCGGUGGGACCCCGGCCCCGGCCGCUGUCGGACAUCCAGCUGAAGGAGAAGGCAGUUCCCAUGCCAGAGGCUCGAGCCUUCUUCAUCUUUAGCCACACCAACAAGUUCAGGUUACUGUGCCACAAGAUUGUCAACCACAACAUCUUCACCAACCUCAUCCUCUUCUUCAUUCUGCUGAGCAGCAUUUCACUGGCUGCAGAAGACCCCGUGAAGAACGACUCCUUUAGGAAUCAGAUACUAGGUUAUGCUGAUUAUGUCUUCACGGGACUGUUUACCAUCGAAAUCAUACUGAAGAUGACAGCCUACGGGGCCUUCCUUCACAAAGGCUCCUUCUGCCGCAACUACUUCAACAUCCUGGACCUGGUGGUGGUCAGUGUGUCCCUCAUCUCCUCUGGGAUUCAGUCAAGUGCCAUUAAUGUAGUGAAGAUCCUCAGGGUGCUGCGGGUGCUGAGGCCUUUAAGGGCCAUUAAUCGAGCCAAGGGCCUGAAGCACGUGGUCCAGUGUGUCUUCGUGGCGAUCCGCACCAUUGGGAACAUUGUCAUCGUCACCUCGCUCCUGCAGUUCAUGUUUGCCUGCAUUGGAGUGCAGCUGUUCAAGGGCAAGUUCUACAGCUGCACCGACAAUUCCAAACAAACAGAAGGGGAAUGCAAGGGUACCUACAUCCUCUACAAGGACGGGGACGUGGCCAAACCGGAGAAGGCGACGAGGAUCUGGGAGAACAGCGAGUUCAACUUUGACGACGUGCUCCAGGGCAUGAUGGCGCUGUUCGCGGUCUCGACUUUCGAGGGCUGGCCAGGGCUGCUGUACCGGGCCAUAGACUCCCAUGCAGAGGACAUUGGGCCGAUCUACAACUACCGCGUGGUGAUCUCCAUCUUCUUCAUCAUCUACAUCAUCAUCAUUGCCUUCUUCAUGAUGAACAUCUUCGUCGGUUUCGUCAUUGUCACCUUCCAGGAGCAAGGGGAGCAGGAAUACAAGAACUGUGAACUGGACAAGAACCAGCGCCAAUGUGUGGAAUAUGCACUCAAAGCCCGCCCACUGCGGAGGUACAUCCCGAAGAACCCAUAUCAGUACAAGGUGUGGUACGUGGUGAACUCCACCUACUUCGAGUAUCUGAUGUUCGUCCUCAUUCUGCUCAACACCAUCUGCCUGGCCAUGCAGCACCACGGCCAGUCCCCCUCCUUCAACAAGGCCAUGAAUGUGCUGAACAUGCUUUUCACUGGCCUGUUCACCGUGGAGAUGAUUCUCAAGCUCAUCGCCUUCAAGCCACGGGGUUACUUUAGUGAUCCUUGGAAUGUUUUUGACUUCCUCAUCGUAAUUGGCAGCAUAAUAGACGUCAUUCUGAGUGAGAUCAAUCAUUAUUUUGUUGAUGCAUGGAACACAUUUGACGCCUUAAUAGUUGUGGGUAGCAUUGUCGAUAUAGCUAUCACUGAGGUUAACCCAGCUGACUCCACCUCGUCUUCCCAAUCCCCCAUGGUAAGAUCAAUGGUAUCACAAAACGGAGAAGACAAUGCCAGGAUCUCCAUCACUUUUUUCCGGCUCUUCCGUGUCAUGAGGCUGGUGAAGCUGCUGUCUCGGGGUGAAGGUAUCCGGACCCUGCUCUGGACCUUCAUCAAGUCCUUUCAAGCCCUGCCUUAUGUAGCCCUGUUAAUCGUGAUGCUGUUCUUUAUCUAUGCUGUAAUUGGAAUGCAGAUGUUUGGUAAGAUCGCCCUGCGGGACACCAGCCAGAUCAACCGCAACAACAACUUCCAGACGUUCCCUCAGGCCGUCCUCCUGCUUUUCAGGUGUGCAACAGGGGAGGCCUGGCAGGAUAUCAUGCUUGCAUGCAGCCCCAAUAAGCCUUGUGAGAAUGGAUCAGAGGUGGGGAUGCCCAAUGACGACUGUGGCAGCCAUUUCGCCAUCAUCUACUUUGUCACCUUCUACAUGCUGUGUGCCUUCCUGAUCAUUAAUCUGUUUGUGGCCGUCAUCAUGGAUAACUUUGACUACCUGACCCGAGACUGGUCCAUUCUGGGCCCGCACCACCUCGACGAGUUCAAGAGGAUCUGGGCCGAGUAUGACCCUGAGGCCAAGGGGAGGAUCAAACACCUGGAUGUGGUGACGCUGCUGCGCCGGAUUCAGCCUCCUCUGGGCUUCGGCAAGCUGUGCCCCCACCGUGUGGCCUGCAAGCGGCUGGUGUCCAUGAACAUGCCACUGAACAGCGACGGGACGGUUAUGUUUAAUGCCACCCUGUUCGCCCUUGUCAGGACGGCACUGCGCAUCAAGACAGAAGGUAAUUUGGAGCAAGCAAAUGAGGAGCUACGGGCAAUUGUGAAGAAGAUCUGGAAAAGGACCAGCAUGAAGCUACUGGACCAGGUGGUUCCGCCUGCAGGAGAUGACGAGGUCACCGUGGGGAAAUUCUAUGCCACCUUCUUGAUCCAGGAGUAUUUCAGAAAGUUCAAGAAGCGCAAAGAGCAGGGCCUGGUGGCAAAAGUGCCACCAAAGACCGCCCUCUCCCUUCAGGCAGGGCUGCGGACGCUUCACGACAUGGGGCCGGAGAUUCGCAGGGCUAUCUCAGGGGACCUGACGGUGGAGGAGGAGCUGGAGAAGGCCAUGAAGGAGACAGUGUGCGCUGCCUCGGAGGAUGACAUCUUCAGGCGAGCGGGCGGCCUCUUCGGCAACCACGUCAACUACUACCACCAGAGCGACGGGCGCAACACCUUCCCGCAGUCGUUCACCACGCAGCGGCCCCUUCACCUCAGCAAGUCGGGCAGCCCCGGAGAUGGCGAGUCGCCGUCCCACGAGAAGCUAGUGGACUCCACCUUCACGCCCAGCAGCUACUCCUCGUCUGGCUCUAACGCCAACAUCAAUAACGCCAACAACACCAACGUCGGCCGCUUCCCCGGCUCGUCCAUCAGUACCGUGGACGGGCACCGUGGGCAGUCCGUGACGCCCACGCUGCUACCCCGUCCUUCUUGGCACUUCCCUUCCAAGAGUUCGGACUCCAGCGACAGUCGCUUGCCCAUCAUUCGUAGGGAGGACGCGUCCGUCGAUGAAACGUACGACGAGAGCUUCGUGGACGAGAGGGAGUACUGCAGCGACCAGAGCAUGCUCUCCGCUGAAAUGCUGGCAUAUCAGGAUGAGGAGAGCAAGCAGCUGGCUCCCAUGGAGGAAGGCGAGGAUGCCAGCGACCGGCGCGCCUGGCCAUCCCCCAGAAGGGCUUUCCUGUGUCCCACUGCAUUAGCCCGACGGUCUUCCUUCCACCUGGAGUGUCUUAAACGGCAGGCAAGAGCGGAUGUUUCCCAGAGGACCGCACUGCCCCUGCACCUCGUUCACCAUCAGGCCCUGGCUGUGGCCGGCCUGAGCCCUCUCCUCCGAAGGAGCCACUCCCCGACGCUCUUCAGCCGGCUGUGCUCCACGCCCCCCGACAGCCCCAGCCUGCGGGCCGGCCGGGGGGGUGCGUACCAGCGCGUGCCCGCCCUGCACCUGGAGGCUGACGGCUCCUACGAGAAGCUCAACAGCAGCCUGCCCUCGGUGAACUGCGGCCCGUGGUACAGCGACGGUGAUGGCGUGCAGCCCGGCCGGCGCUCACUGCGGCCCGCCUCCCUGACUGUGCCCCCCACUGCGGGCAGGGACUCGCUGUGUCGCGGCAGCGCUGGCAGCCUGGUGGAGGCGGUGCUGAUAUCAGAGGGCCUUGGCCACUACGCACAGGACCCCUCCUUCAUCGAGGUGACCAAGCAGGAGCUGGCCGACGCCUGCGACAUGACCAUCGAGGAGAUGGAGAGUGCUGCAGACAGCAUCCUCAACAGCAACAGCCAGCCCAGCUCCAACGGGGGCCUCCCACCCUUCAUGCACUGCAGGGACCACAGCACAGAACGGCCCGUCCAGACCGAGGGGCCCCCAGGGGCAAUGAGUGGGCAAAAGGGGGAGGAGCCUAGGGCCCACCUUAUGGGGGAGGAGGAGGCGGAAGAGCAGGAAGGGGAGGGUCCUCUGGCGGCUGACUCACGGUCGCGGGAUUUUGGGUUCUUGGACGACGAGGACAUGGACUGCGUCACCAGUUUGUAGGAUUAACCAUGCAGAGGUCUCUCUCUCUCUCUCUCUCUCUCUCUCUGCUGGAUGUGACUGCAUCUUGGUGGCCAACAGCUCGAUGGGCUUCAUUAUUUCUUUAUUAUGAUUUGGGAUUUGAUUCCUGGUUUUUGUGUGAGUGUGUUUCCGGGUGUGUUUCAAAAGUGCCUCACAGUUUUUCUGCUCUUGAUAAAUAGAGGGUGGGGGGUGGGAUGAAUAAUUCUGUUUCAUUUUGUUUUUUGCUUUGUCUUGUUUUGUUUGGACUCUUGUUGUUCUGGCCACCAGGCAGAAGCGUCCCGGACAGCAAGCCCACCUGGGAGACAGUUUGUGCUGGUCAGUUUCUACAGGCUGUUAAGGCAUCAGCGUUGGUCUUACAUACGUGCUACUGGGGAAGGAGGAAGACGAGUCCCUUUUCUUCCCAACCUAUACAGUCUUGUGCUCAAAACUGCAGGCCAACCAGCUGUUGGAGCUGGUAACCAGCACAGGAAACAAGACAGGGAGGAGAAUCCGGAGGCCAGGUAGAAGGGUGGGAUCAUGGAGAGGGUAUGGUCCUUUGCCCCUCCCUCUCCAACCCUUGGGCACCAAUUCAUUUUUGAAAAAUGAUAGUAAAACUAACGCUGGGCAGAGGAGACAGAAAAGUUGGAGAUGAAGAGAUACUUCAACGGAGAGACAGCUGGCAUGCAGGACACGGUGUUCACCCUGGUCUCCGCUCUCUUUUCGCUGUUGCCAUCUGUUGCCCCAUGCCACUUCCUGUCUGUCACAGGAAGAAUUGGAGGGGGGCAGAACUAAGUCUGGACCUAAGGCACAGCGCCACCUGCUGCCACGUACCUCCACUUUUCAUUCCAUCUUCAUUUCCGUUGACAUCUUGGUUUUGUGGAUUUAGCUGUAGCUUUAGGCUCCUCCUGGACUUGACCUGCAUCUAGUUCCGGGGGAAGAGGGGAGGAUGUUCAGUACCUAAGGCUGGAGACCAACACUUCUGCGCUCCUCACUGCCUGAGUGAAAGUGCGUGGCUUCGAGCAGCCAAUCGGAGCAGCCAAUCGGAGCAGCCAAUCGGAGCAGCCAAUCGCAUUCGCAUCAAAAUCAAAACCAUAGGUAGUAUAUUUAUACAGUGCAGUGUUGUGCGAAACUUAGAGAGCAGCCUGUAUUUCUCAUGGUUUUGUUUAACUUUACGUUCCACAAAUUUGGUUGUUGACCUUAAUCAGUUCUUGCUUGAUUUAUUUAGGAGAUUUAAGAAGUUAGGAAAACCAACCUGUGGCCGCAGGAUUUAGUGUUUGUAUUUAAGUGGGAAACUUUCUCUCUGUAUGCACCUUUCAUAUUGUUAUUUAUUUAUUUAUUAUUAUUAUUUUUCCCUGCAACAAAUUGUAUUUGGAGUGGGUGAAUAUUUCUUGCUGUUAAACAUAUGCCUAAAGGUUAAGUAAGGUUAGCCAAAGUCUGAUGUAAUUUUCAUAUGGACCCACUCACACACCAGGAAAACAGACCAACAUGCUUCCACUGCUAUGAUGCUGCUUUAACAUCCUAAUUGUUCCUCUCGGAAAAAGGAAAAAAAAAAGAAAGAAAAAAAAGAAAUGUGAACUACUGAGGUCGGUUAGAUGUGCCACGCGGGAAGUGCUGAGCUGAGCGUGAUGUGAGCGCGGCUUGUGACCCUGACUGACUCGUGUCGUUUCCCGUCAUUGAGAUGAAUUUGGACUGGAGUUAGCAGACGCUCACAUUAGAACUAGCAGAGUCGCCCAAUUUGCAUUAUUUUCAUAGAACUGUUAUGGUUUUACAGGGCUAUAUUAUUAUUAUUAUUAUUAUUAUUAUUAUACUUUUCUGUUGGGUGUUCCCUUACCUUUGUCCAGCACUGUAUGUAUACGUAUACCAGUAUAAGUUCACAAAAACAAUGAAAUAGUGCCAGAGAGAUUUCGUGAGUCAUACGUACAGAUCAAUUAUGCAAGUAUGAUACUCGAGGGUCACAUUACAAACAAUAUUGCUUUGCUGUUAUGAUUAUGUUUGGGGGUUUUUUUUCUAUUUGUGUACAGCGUGUAAAAGAGGAGUGAAACUUUCAUUUGUACAAUUAUUAUUUGCUGUGUCAAUUUACCUGCAACUGUUGUUUGUUUUUUAAGGAAUUCUACAGCAAGCUUGAGGUAGCUGGCAUUUCACAAACUGUUGCAGUAUGAUGUGUAGUACAUUGUUCGGUUUUCAGUCAUUUCAGGGUCAUCUACUGAAUUGUCUGCAUUAUCGCGUGACCCAUCUUUGGGAUUUUUGUCCAGGGUCUUUUACUCUAUUUUCGUUCCUUAUCAGCAACAAGACCGUCAAGGUUGCAAUGCUGUCUGGAUCUAUUCUGGGCAUGUUAUCACAAUGGGCUUCUGAAUCUGUAAGAGAAUUCCCUUAUCACACGUCUCUCUUUAGGUUCUUUUCAACCACCAUGUGUUUGAUGGGGCUACGGUGUCUCAGCUUUUCAACUGUUUCACAAUGAUUUCAGUGAGUUGCAACUGGUAGAUGUUUACAUUAAAAUGAAACCCACACACCCAAAACAAAGAAAUGCAAAGUAUAUUGCCUUGUGCCAUGCAGGUGGAUUAUCCUCUACCAUUCCAUCCUGUUUCUUUGAUUAUCUUUUUUUUUUUUUCCUCCAAAGCAGGUUGUGCCAUAAUUUAUGGAUAAGUGGCAUCCAUGACCGAGUGGCUGAACCGUUUUGUGGCUGACCGUUUUGUGGCUUUGUGUGUUAAAAGAUGAUGGUAGCUCGGUGCGAUGUGGGCGCGUGCUGUGUCACGCUCGCUUACGCACAGGGUUCAAGGAGGAAGCACGUGGGUGCGCAAGCGCAUUCCACAAGAUAUGCAAAAACAAUGCAAUAACAUAUAUAUGACUGUAAACGAGUCUCAAAAACUAGCUGUAUGAAAAUGAAUAUAGAAAAGUGACAUAGAUAAUAUAUUCAGACUUUAUUAAGUUGCAGAUCUUUAAAUUGAAGAAACCUGUUAUACUUGAAAUCAGGUGCAUUUCAGUAUUUAAAAUAUCUUGUCAGGCGUUUUAAUUUACUUCUGUUUUUCCUUCUGUAACUUAUAAUAUUUUACUUAUGUUAAUUAAACUCACUAGUUGUAUAUUAAUUGCAUGGGAUUCAUUUUAGUAUUUUAGUGUGCCAAGUUAAAUUUUGAAAUAAUACUGCUUUUUUUAAAAACUGGGGAAGGAACACAAAUAAAAUUAAAGAGAAUUAAUUGUUUUAUUUUUCUUCAUGCUGUUCUGUAAAAUAGAGACACGUACAGAAAUGUAAAUACUCUAGCUCAGUUAGUAAGCACUACAAGGAUGUUUAACGUAAUCUGAUUUUGCAUAUCUUGUGUUCAUACAGUUUUAAGGCGGCGGUAAAUUACUUUUAUUCAGCGGCAUGAUUUCUUUCUCCUUAACCUUCCUUCAUAACUUCUUCCUUUUGCUGGUGGAGCGGAGCGGGAUUUUCAUCAAGGACUGUUAUUUGUUUCUUUCAAUUAAUGGCAUUGUGAAAGGCUUCUUCCUCUAAGAUGCAGACACAGAUUCACUCACAGACACUGACAAAAACACGCACAUAUACGUUACUUCCCAUGUGCCCCACCCUCAGUCACCCCACCUUUACUCCCCAGCUACGGUUUGAGACGACCGAGUUGUUUGGGAAUGGUGUAAAUGUCUCAAGGUUUUUAUAUGGAGUCGUUUCAUUCAGGGAUAACCAGUGGUUUGCAGAAAAGGUUCGAGGAGCGCAAUGAUAUGAAUAUGUGUGUUAUAUAACAUGUAAAUGCUGUACUACGACUAAAGUGUGUUUAAAACGGUAGAUAAUAUAAAUGUUAUUCAAGGGACAGUUUCAAGAUGUAGUGACCUAUCGCAAAAGAUGGUCAGCACUUUUUAGGCUCUGUCGAAUGUAAAACAAAAUCUGCAAAUUUAUCCAACUCUCCCAUUUUCAAGAAAGCAAAAAACAUUUUGGUGAAGAAAAGGUAUUGUCUGUUGAGUUUUCUUUAGCCUUAGUGCAAAAGCAUGUAUAAAGAAGGCACAGAGUCGAACAAUGUCUGUUCUGUUCUUUAUAUUUUGGGGUCUCUGUCUGCUCGGUGUUCUGUAGGCUACUUAGUAACAGUCAUUUACUCGUCUUUGCGCUGCUCUCGACAUGUUAACCGAGUGGCUGUUCUGUUUGAAAGGAUGUGAACGUUGUGGGUUAAUUCAGUAUGUUGGUAUAAGUUAAAAAGACACUAUGAUGUUAUGAUCUAAUACCCACUUUAUAUGCUUUAUGAACUUUUAUGAAGACGACAAUCCACUCAGAUUGUGAAAGGAAUAUAUAUUGUAUAAAAAUCGAAGAAAAAAACACAUCGCUAUAAUUUUAAAUGAUGGAUACAUAUAUAAUUUAAGUAGAGCCUCCAUAUUAGGAUGCCCUUUGUCCAGAAUCGUUGGCUGGCAUAUUUAGUAGGUGUACGGGUCCUGUUGAAAUGAUUGCAUUUGUCACUUUGGAACUUUACCGCCUCAUUUCAAUAGCGAAUGAUUGUAUGUUUUUUACAGAAUAUAUAAAGUGUCACGUCUCAAUGCUGUGUAUAGUUGCUUGGAACAUUGGGAUUAGAGAUUUGUCGUUUAUUAUUUUGAGAAUGUACUUAUUAAGGAAGUGGCUAAGAUGAUCGGGGAGUGGAUACUGAAUAUAUUAUAGAAUUAUUCCUUGACACAUCAUAAGCUAUUUGAUAGCCCUCUCUGCUGACUUUUUAGACUCUUCAGGUUAUGUUAAAUUCCUCAGGGGAGUGUGAAAAUCACCGCAGAGAGGAUCUGUAAAUUGUUACGAAGAUAAUCAACAUUUUCAAGGUUUUGCAUAGAGACUUAGCUAGUUUUAUUAGAGAAGUGACAUGUGAGGAGUGUAUCCGGCUAAACCAUUGUUUAUUGCACAUUUUGCAGCUCCAUUGCCCACCCAGCUUCUUUGUCAUGGUACAGUCCAUGGGGAGCACCAGAUGGGGAAAAUCAAACCUCUGGAAAAAAAUUUUUGUAGCCAAAAUCCUUGCACACUUUCCUCAGAAGCACAGUCUGAGCUCGUUAAACGUGUUUUGCAGUGUGUGCUUUGGCAAGGCGAUGGACUGCUGGGCUUCUGCUAAUCUGACUUGUUUGGGAUAUUGAGUUUAUAUCGCAGGCAGUCAUUAAAAAGCACCGAGGGAGAGGGAAGGUCUGGGUGGCUGCAAAGAAUAGACCAAAAAAUGCAAAAAUUUAUUUUUCGUAUGAGUAAAAGCCAUUUCCAUUCUUUUCCUGUCCGCUUGAAAGGACAGGGUGUUUGACAAAGACCUUAUGAUGCAGGUCGCUGUGAUUUAGCGGUACUGGGAGCUCUCUUGCCUGGUCUUAAAUCAUAGAAUGUGGUGCAAAAAAAUGCACCAUUUACCUGCUCUUAGACAUUUUUAAUUAAUAUAGUACCAAAACUGUAAGAUUAUGAGACAUACCAUAUUUUAUGUCUUUGAUAGUACGUUAGAGAUGGCUUGAGUUACCAUUCAUUCAGACGUAUGGGAAUGUGACUCCAUUGUCGCAAAGGUUUGAUGAUAAACAUUGUGACCUAAUUAGUGUGACUUAAUACGGGCGGGGAGGAAACUAGUUAGAUGGUGUGUGUUGUAUAAUAUUCAUUUCUCAGAGGUUGUUGUCUUUUAUCUUCUGUCCUUUUACUGGGGUGCCUGAAUAGUUUUGAAAAGGUUGUGUUGUAGUAUUGAUGCCCCUAUUGGCAUAGAAGAAAACACACUAAUUUUUCUUGUACAUGGAUUACUGAUUAUUUUGGUCUACAGUAAAAUAUUUUGCAGAAAUAUUUUGAAAAUAUAUUAUUUUCUUUUUGUAACAGAACCAAAAAGUGACAACACUUAUAUUAAUGGCCCAAAUUUUCCUUUUUGAAAAAAUGAGCAAAAAUUCAUUUCAGUCAUUUUCUAUAUCCUCAUUAUUAUUGUACAGACAUUAUUUGUAUUUGCACACUAGUGUAUCAUAUUAGGGGGGAAAGCGUGAAAUAUGAACCGCUACACAUUAAAAUCAUAUUGAGAAGUUUCCGGGCAACUGGAUCCCAUAUUUGCAUGGAAGUGUAACCCUGGAAAGUUUGUGAGAAAGUUCAUUUUAAUUCAGGGCACCAUUCAACUUUUUAAAAAUUCUUUGUCGCUUAAACUUUUUUCCUACAAAGAGGUACGUAAAAACAUGAAGAAUAAUAUGGGCAUUCCAUAUUUCGAGGGCAUUAUUUGAAACAAUGCUUCUUCAUGUAUUUAAAUAGAACGUGAAUGUUUCCCACAAACAUACAUAUUUUAAACCAUAUCUUUCUUUGUGUGUGUCUGAGCUCGGUUAGGUUUACAUAACUAGUGUACGAUGCUGUACAGCAGCUUGUGGUUGGCAUUUCUCAAGAUUGUGUGUGAUUGGUCAAGAAAGGUAUGUCAGAAUGUUUGCAUGCAUUUAUUAAAUGAAAGCAUGUCAUCAGUCACUUUAUUAUAAGUUACUAUCCCCUUUGAAUAAAACCCUGCUUAUGUUAUAUGGGUAAUUACCUAAUAAAGGUCUCCUAUUUCAAAGAACUACACUUAUGAAAGGCCGCGUUGCACUCGGUCUAUUAACAUAAUACUGCAUUACAUUUCUGUGCAUCCUCUUUCAAAAUGACUGUUAAACCUAACAUCAUAAUUGUCAUCUGCAGAAGUAGGAUAAUUGCACCUUUAGUAAUGCAAUAAUCAAUAUUUGCAGAUAUUUGAAUUAUUUGCAUGUUGGUUAUCAGUCGCCAGCUCUAAGUUCCUUUUGUGGUCAUGAAAUGCAGGUGGUUGGAGGCAGCACAGUCCACUUCUGGCAGGUUCCAUGAAACAGAUUGUUAACGUUAAUAAACAGCCAUCUGAAUGUUUUGGUGUCAUGUCGUGGUCAACGGGGUCUUUAAGCGAUGUUCCAUGUUAAGGAUGUGCAGCAGGCUUUUCUGAAAAUGUGAAUGUUGAGUUUAACGUUAUAUUUGGGAAAACUUCUAUCUGAAUUUGUCUCACAAAUUGCUUUUCAGUUCCUGGCAAAAAAAAUAAGUAUGUUGUUUCCAUAACUCCAGGUCCGGGUUCUUGGCCUUUUUAGCUCAGACCCAGAUUGUCAUUUAAAAAAAAAAAUAAAAAAAAAUAAAAAAAAACAGG